CAUAUAUAGUACCCUUCGUCUCUCUCACAUAGAUUUGGGAACAUCAAAUGGAGAAUCAAAACAACGUUGCGAUAUUACUAGCAAAGCAUGUCAUUGCCACGGUUGCCAACGGCUCCAACCUUGUCUUCUCACCAAUGUCAAUCAACAUUUUGCUCUGCCUUAUUGCCGCUGGUUCCAACUGCGUCACCAAACAACAAAUCCUAUCAUUCCUCAUGUCACCUUCAUUGGAUCACCUCGACACAGUCUUGGCCAAAACCGUAUCUGUUGCCUUCGCUGAUGGAAUGAAUAGGAGUGACUUGCACUUAUCCACGGCUUAUGGUGUCUGGAUCGACAAAUCUUUCUCCUUCAAACCUUCCUUUAAAGAGCUUUUGGAGAACUCCUAUAAGGCUACUUGUAGUCAAGUUGACUUCGCAACCAAGCCUGCUGAAGUGAUUGAUGAAGUGAAUACAUGGGCUGAACUCCACACUAAUGGACUCAUCAAGCAGAUUCUUUCACAAGAUUCUAUCAAAAGUAUCCGUGAAAGUACGCUAAUACUUGCAAAUGCAGUGUACUUCAAAGAGGCUUGGAGCAAAAAAUUUGAUGCAAAGUUAACAAAGAGUAACGAAUUCCAUCUUCUUGACGGCACCACUGUGAAAGUCGCCUUCAUGACCAAUUACAAGAAGCAAUACUUAGAAUACUAUGAUGGUUUCAAAGUUUUGCGGCUUCCUUAUGUAGAGGAUCAACGUCAAUUCGCCAUGUACAUUUAUCUUCCUAAUGAUAAAGAUGGAUUACCUAAUCUGCUUGAGGACAUAGCCUCCAAACCGGGAUUUCUUGAUAACCAUAUUCCGCGCCAACGUAUAUUAGUUGAAGCUUUCAGAAUUCCAAAGUUUAAGUUCUCUUUCGAGUUUAACGCUUCAGAUGUUUUGAAGGACAUGGGGCUGAUUUUACCAUUUACACAUGGUAGUAUAACUGAGAUGGUUGAUUCUUCUUCCAUUGCUGAGAAUAUGCACGUCUCAAAAAUUAUCCACAAAGCUUUCAUUGAGGUGGAUGAAGAGGGAACUGAAGCUGCAGCCGUUUCUGUUGCUUCCAUGACAAAAGACAUGUUGUUGAUGGGAAAUUUUGUAGCUGACCAUCCAUUUCUAUUCACAGUGAGAGAAGAGAAGAGUGGAGUGAUUUUGUUCAUGGGUCAAGUUCUUGAUCCUUCAAAACACUAAUCGAACUGAUUUGUUGUAUUUUGUGUGUACAAUCCACUGAAUUUGGUUUGUAAAACAGCCACUGAAUUUUACUGUUCAUCUCGG